AUGCAGAACGCACCGGAGGCAUUUGUUCUCUUCACGUUUCCUAAUGCCUCUCUUACAGUCGCUGCUGCCACCCAGACGGGCCCUCUCAGCUUGGAAUGCGUAACUGUGCCGAAUCCGGAAUCAGGGAACACCCAGGACCGGGAAGUCUACCUUGUUCUGCGACUGAACGCGACGGAGACUGUUAUCGAUCCAGCAAGAGUGGUCAAACGCACAGAUGGAUCUGGGUUCCGGUCGUACACCUUCACUCCAACGCCGGGAGAUCCAACAGAGCUUUUCCUGAUGCUCCAACUCGACAGCUCAAACGGUGAGCUCGUGGACAAGGUCGACACUUUCGAGAACAUCUUGGACCAAUAUGUCGCUGAAUUCCAAGGACUGCCAGCACGCUCAUCGCCAAUCCUUCCUCCAGCCCAGACAGCGGGCCUUGGUGUCACUCGGGGGAACAAAGAUCUUCGAGGGCAUCUUGUGAUGAUCAACGAGGAAACUGGAGAGGUCAUUGGGGAGGUUGAGGAUAGAUUCAGGAUCAGAGAGGAUCCGAUUAUGAACGAGAAAGGGCACGAAAACGAUCCAGUUAUAAUCGAGGUUCCUGAAGAAACGACCCGGGAAUCCGAUGCGAAUGCCUUAGAGGUAUUCGCUCGUGUUGUCCCGCCUGAUCAGCAGAAUUGGAUGACGAAGUCAGCCACCAUCGCUAGCCAUGCCAUCUCGAUGAGUACAAAUCUACUCUUGACGACAAUCACAACUGCCUCGUCGUUUUACAUCUCGCAUUCGCAACCUUCUCCUCAUCAUUCGACUGCUGGCACUCCAACUCGAGCUACUAGUCCUGGUGCACCACCUCCUCUUCCACCUCGCGCCUUGGUCUUCCUGACAUCCGAGAAGACCCGUAAAGGUCUCUCGACUGUACACACUAUGACUGGCGAAGCUGUCAAAAUAUCAUCUAAGACAGUUGGGGUCAUUGACAACCUGAUUCGUCGUGCCAUGGGUGCGAAGACUAAGCGCACAAAAUACUUUACCACUGGUGUUCCGGCUUCAGGAAAGGCUCCAAUGCCCGGGUUGCUGAGUCCAAACCCAACCGGUCCUCCACUGCCCCCUCGCUCCAAAUCACCUUCACCAUCUCCAACAUCUCUUUCACCUUCUUACUCUAUAGGUAGCGAGAAGCCCCCUUUCCCACGACGCUCAACUUCUCCUGUCCCGCCUCCUCUUCCGCCUCGCUCCCCAACAGCUCCUGUUGAAGGGUCUGCCGCGUACCCUCAGCCUCGUCUGACUACGAAGGACCGCUUAUUAAUCUCGGCGGACCUUAUCCUAUCCACCAUCGAUGACUCGACGCGGCGUCUGCUUGAUACUGGUACUGAGCAACUUGGGAGGGUCGUUGGCCAUAAAUAUGGUGCUGAAGCAGCGCAGUCUUCUUUGCUUAUGGCAGGGACAGCAAGGAAUGUGGGCCUUGUUUAUGUUGAUAUGCGGGGCAUCGGGCGUCGUGCACUCUUGAAGCGCACUGCUCAUACAUUCGUCAAAGCUCGUGUCUCCAGCAAUAAGCCUGCAUAUAACCCAAAUCAACCUCCUGCGUCUCCAAUCCCUGCAGGGAACGCGCUUGCCCUGAACCCGUUCAACUAUGUCAACCCCUUCCCGCGUCAAUGCUGCUCCAAGAAAACACCUAAUGACGAGCCUAAGGCGUCGAAAUUUAUCGCUCUGCCCCCCGAACUGCACCUCGAGGCGAGUUUACUCCUGCCGGCUCUUGGUGUUGCAAGUCUUCCCAACAUUCGUAUUCAUUUCGAGUUCGAAUCCAGUUCUCAUGAUGGAAAGGAUCCUCGCAAGUUUCAUCGGGUUACAGCAGUUCGAUGA